ACGUUACCAAGAAGCCACUCACUUCACGCCGCUCACAGCGAUAUUAUAAAAAAAAAUAAGGAAACAUGGCCGAAAAAUUCAUUGGCUUUUAAUUUAUUGUAAAAUAUUUCGCAAUUUGCUUGUGUAAUUUCAUAAUAAUUUUCAUUUCUGGCUAUUCAAAUGAAGUUACUGUGAAGGUAGAGCUGAAAAAAAGUGAAAUUGUGGCGAAAGAACUGUAAAUUUCGUCAAAAAUUGACAAUAAAAAUUAACAAAACAAAGUUUUAAGAGGGGUGUUCACCAAUAUCAGCCGAUUGGCAUACUUCAACAUUUAUUUAAAGCAGAAAACGGUCAAACCGCAGUGAACAAAACCCCACUUUCCCAAAUGAAGAAUCCAUCGAUUACAUCGCAAAAUGCCGCGGCACCGGUACAACCCGAAAAGAUCGAUUCCAUCGAGAAUGAGGAUGGAAUUACAAUCGGUGAAACGUAUCUCGUCCGCCGUGCUGAUUCGUCAGUGUGUCAGGCACAGGUUAUCCAAGCACGAAUGAGCGAAUUUGGAUAUUAUGAAUAUUACGUUCAUUAUGUGGGACUGAAUCGCCGACUCGACCAAUGGGUUCAGCGAGCCCAAUUGCUGUCGUCACCAUCCCCCGAAUCACUAGAAUCUCCACAAACAAUUCGUGUUAGCACGGACGGCCCAUCUAUGGAUCAAAUGACGGACGACAGUUCCGAUAGGAAAAUAACGAGAAACCAAAAACGACGUCACGAUGAAAUCAAUCACGUUCAGAAAACGUAUGCAGAAAUGGAUCCGACAACGGCUGCAUUGGAGAAAGAACACGAAGCCAUUACUAAAGUCAAAUACAUCGACACCCUCAGAAUUGGUCACUUCGAAAUCGAAACGUGGUAUUUCUCACCGUACCCCGAAGAAUAUGGCAAAGUGAAGACAUUGUACUUGUGCGAAUACUGUCUGAAAUACAUGAAAUUGGAAAAAUCGUUCAAAAGCCACCAGUCGAAUUGCACUCAACGUCAACCACCGGGAAAUGAAAUUUAUCGCAAAGGAACAAUCUCGAUAUUCGAAAUAGACGGACGAGAUCAUAAGAUCUACUGUCAGACAUUGUGUCUGAUGGCCAAAUUGUUCCUGGACCACAAAACGCUGUACUACGACGUGGAGCCGUUUUAUUUCUACGUUUUGUGCGAAAUUGACAAACAAGGUUAUCACAUUGUCGGCUAUUUCUCGAAAGAAAAGGAAUCGCCAGAUGGUAACAAUGUCGCUUGCAUUCUCAUAUUACCUCCAUACCAGCGGAAAGGAUACGGCAAAUUACUGAUUGCCUUCAGUUACGAAUUGUCUCGUCGUGAGGGUAUUGUGGGAAGUCCGGAGAAACCGCUAUCCGAUUUGGGUAGGUUGAGCUAUCGCAGUUACUGGGCGUAUACAUUAUUGGAAUUGAUGAAGGAAUGUAGAACGACCACACAAUCGAUUAGGGAAUUAAGUGAACUUAGUGGCAUAACGCAGGAGGACAUCAUUUACACGCUGCAGAGCAUGAAAAUGGUGAAAUACUGGAAGGGUCAACACAUCAUCUGCGUGACACCGAAAACGGUAAACGAUCAUCUGCAGUUACCGCAAUUCAAGCGACCGAAACUCAUGAUCGAUCCGUUGUAUCUGCGAUGGACACCGCCGAAGCGAAACACUUUGGUGAAGCCGAACAAAAAGAUGUUGAUCAAUUGAAUGUUAACUUCGUUGGGAUGAGGAGAUCAUUGAAUUCCUAUCGCAGCAAUUUAGACAAUUAGCAGAAUGUGCUUUUUAUACGUGAAAAUUUCCAAUGGUCUUGUUAUGAUUUAGUAAAUGUGGCCACCAGCAAAAA